GUCGAUGUGGAAGCACGUUUGCGCCGCCGGUCGACAUUCACAGUGAGCGUGAGAGGGUUUUCCGUGGGCUUUAAGUGUCUGUGGCUGGUUUCUUGGACUUGUCUUGGACUAUCGCGCGCUUGUGGUGUUUUUUUCGUCAGUUCCAAACUGUGCUCCGCAGCCGAAAUACGCGCGGUCGAAGGCUGAAAUGUGUUGUUACUCGAUGCGUUGCACACAGUGACGAGAAAUUAGUUUCGAGAGGUGCUUUUAUUUUUUCACGUGAAUGUUUCUUGUGUGGUGAGACAACAUCCUCGGCAAAUAUCAUCACGGAGGAGUUUCCAAGACCCAAAAGAAAGAGUGAGAGAGAGAUAUUGAGGCAGUUUCGAGAGGCCAGCGAUCAACGUACGGAUUUCAUUUGAGCUCAUCAAUGACACAUUUGUAGGAGAACAGCUGUAUUAAGAUGAAUCGCUCUGUGGCAAUUUACUGCAUCCUCUUUGGCCUGAGCUGCAGCUGGAUCACGACUUUGGCCCAGUCAAAUUAUGCAUCGCAUGCAAAUAACGUGGAGUACCAGGGCGAAGGACUGCCCGAGGAAGCCACUCUGGACGGAAAGGUAACCAAAUUGGACGAUCUCAGCCCGAUAAUUUUCCUCAAUCGAACCAAAGCUGCGCUCAACUGCGGCGCAGGAUCAAUGCAAGUGGAUCUCAAGUUCAACGAGAAGUUUUACGGAAUUGCGUAUGCAGACUUCGAUCGGAACAGCGCUUGUCAGAUCCUUGGCAAAGGAGAUCUCAGCUAUAAGCUAGAACUGCCCCUCAAAGGAUGUGGCACGAAGCAGGAACCGCAACGAGUGUUCACGAACAACAUCGUUGUGAGAUUUCAUCCUGGUCUGGAGAUGGACGGUGAUGAGAUUAUAACAAUUGUCUGCCGAUAUCCUCCGCCUGUGGCGCCAAUUCCUGCAGGAUUGCCUGCGCCAAUUUUCAACGACGUGGCGCCGGCUUCGAUUAUAGAGGCGCCGCUGAAGGGCAUCCAGAUUCUCCUGAUCAUAUGCGCCAUCAUGUUCCUCACGCUGCUCCUCCUCGGCCUGGGCGUCUCGUACUACUGCCUCCGUCGACGGCCAGUCACUGUCGUGCGACGUCUGCCCAUGUCGAUGGGCAGCGGAUCGGAGAUCACGAAACUCAGCGGCAGCAGUCUGGGCAACAUCAGCGCCUUUGAGGGCCUCAAGAUCCCUCGCGCUCAUGCGCCUCUGGCUGCAGUCCACAGUUCCUCAGGCAGCGACGGACCACUCAUCUCUGACACCAUUCCGUCCGACUAUCCCAGCGAGAGUCACUCGGAGAUUGAGGAGGUGGACACGCGAUCACUGCCAGUCAGCUCCACGGGGAGCUUCGAGAACCGCGCCUUCGUGCAGGACAACUCCAGCAUUUACAGCGAACACUAUGGCCACACGCAGGAGUUCCAGGCGGCCAAUGCCGUGGCGCAGGCGUCCAUGGUGCCUCGCUUGCCGCUCGCCGUGAAGGAGUCCUCGCCCAAGUUCGACGUUCAGGUGCGCGUGAAGAGAGCGGCUCCACCGCCGCCGGCUUCGCUGUCCUCGGACACCGACAGCGUGGCCAACAGUCGCAUUGAGCGCAACAACUUGUCCACGAUUAUGGAGAGUCACGAGGAUCGCGACAGCAUUCUCACCAUUGAUUCACUGCCUCAGGAUGUGGCGCACAGUCAAUUCACGUACGUGCCCGAGCUGCAUCCCGCUCCUCGUCACGUGCAGGCGCCGCCGGUAUUCUCGCGCAUCGUGCGGAAGCAGCAGGAGAUUGUGCAGCGCCAGGAGCGCCCGUGGCCAGAGGACAUUGUGGAUGCGCCGCCGUCAAUCCCCGACACGCGCAGCAUUGCGUCGCUGGGCACCGAGAUGACAGACACUCACUCCAUCGGCGAGAUGAUGGACUCAUCUCACCUGUACCCCAUCAGCAGUUACCGCUCCUCGGUGCACAUGGAGAACACCGAGGCGUUGCCAGAGCCGCCAAUCCACGUGAUGCGCAAACCCGAGAUUACCUCACACGUGGUGGACGAUGUGUUCCUGCGCACCAUCACGGAGAAGAAGACCAUCGAGGACAUCGAGCAGUACAAGCGGAAGGUGACUGAGUACGCAUCGGCGAAGCCACUGCCCGAUCCCACGUGGGAUGUGACCAUUCGCAAGUACGCCGAAGAGGGCAAUCAGCCGCAGUGGGAGGACUUCUCUGACAGAUCCUCCAGCAUUUCCGGUGUGCCGCUGACGCCGCAAAUGGAGCGCGCGCCGCCGGUGAAUGUGCCGCCGAUGCCGUACUUGGAUGAGUCAGGAGAGAAGCUGCGCAGCCCCGAACUAGUCGGAAACAUGAAGCCCAUUGAAUUGCCGCCGGAGGACAAGACUGUGCCGAAUUGGGACGUCCUGAUCCGCAUCCUGGAGCCGGAGGUGACCGAAAUUGACGAUCGCACAUCCACAGAGUCACCAGUGAGCUUCCUCACGCGCCAACUCAGCUACGAGGACAAGACCAAGUGGAAGGAGAUCAUCACGACGGAAUCCACACUUCGCACAAUGCUGACCGAGGCUGUGGUGAAGGAGGACUUUGAGCGCAUCCGCAGUGACUCGCGCUACGAGAAUCUCUUCGAGCCACAAUCCUGGGACGUGAUCAUUCGCAUCCUGGCGCCGCCCGAGGAGGACGUUGAGCUGCGCAAUGCGAAGCGGUUCAAGAAGAAGGAGGCCUGGGACACCCGAUCGCGGCGCAGCUCCCUUCCCACUCUGUACGAGUACGACAGCGAUGGUGGGUCGUCCGUGAGGACCAUCGGCCAGGAUCCCAGCCAGCCGAUCUCCAUGCAGCUGCAGCAGCACCGCUCCAGGCGCACAUCUCGCUCCUCGUCCACCUAUCGCUCUGACAAUGUGGACAUGCGAUCCAUGUCCGAGAUGACAGUGGACUUCGGCCGUCCGGACCACCUGGACAACACCUCCGACGCCAGCAGCCACUACCCCAAUCGAUACUACGAAGACGAUCCCUACGAUCGACGAUCGCUGCAGCGCUCGCUCAGCCAACCUAGUCUCGCGCGCUCCGCCAGCGAAUUCACCGAGCGCUGGGUGGCGCCCGACACCGGCUCCGACAUGUCCUCGCCCGAGCAGACGCCCAAGUUCCGCCGCUCGCGACGACUUAUGACGACUUUCCAGCAGCUUCCGAGCGGCAGCGGAAGUGGUCAGCAAGGACACGUCGUGGCGCAGGCGCAAUAUGUGGAGCAGAGGACGAGCUACCAGGCGUCCGGUUCGACGGCUCCGCAGGAUUGGUACGGCGACCAGGGCAGAAUCUAG